CACAUCCCCGCGUUUCUCUGCACCCUUUGGCUCCGGAUCCGCGUUGUUUUCGAGCAACGCGUGAUCAAUGCGGUCGACGCGAGAAACUCGCAUGUGAAUAACUUAAUGCGGGGUUGAUUGAUUUGUGGGAUUUGCGCUCAAGUUUGUAAAUCAAACAAGGCAUAUCAACAGACAGCAGAGCUCAGAAAAGCAUGUCAAUAUGUAGGGAAUAAGGUGUAAGUCUCGAUGCUUAAAUGAUCCCGGCCGUUUCUUCACGUCUUAUGUAAAUUCAUUUCUACAGACAUGCUGCUGUCCACCCAGGUCCUCAUCAGUCACCUACCAGACCCGGAUCUGCCUGAUGAGAGGGCUGCCUGCGCGCUGUUUUCAUGCUGAAAGACAUGCCAGACGCACCUUCCCUUUCCAAGCUUUGCGCGCUCACCCCGUGGCUGCUUAAUGGGAAAUAAUCGGCGGGCUUGAAAGGGAGAGAUGGUGGCCACACGGUUCAGCACGCUGGAUAGCGCUAGAGGAACUUGGAGAGGACGGCGGCGCCAGGACGCACGGGGAUUUUAACCGAAAUUCAUUUGUGGAUCUGCCGGGGGGCGAUGAGCGACGGAUGACCAUGGUUGAUUUUAAGUGUUUAUUACCAACUAACGCAGGUCACCCGAGAGCGGACUGUCUGGAGUGAGACAUGGACUUUGCUGAAAUCAUUUUCGCUUUGUUCAUCGUCGUGGUCGCGGUCAUCUCGUUGUUGUCAAACUUGUUGGUGCUGCUAUGUUUCGUCCACAGCACCGAGAUACGGCGGCAGGUGCCCGGCGUGUUCACCAUGAACUUGUCCUUCUGCAACAUACUCAUCACCGUCCUGAACAUGCCGGCCACUUUGGUGGGGAUUAUCAGGAAGCAGCAGCCUUUCGGGGAUUGCAUUUGCCACACGGUGAGCUUUCUGGAGACUUUCCUGACCGCGAACACCAUGCUGAGCAUGGCGGCCCUCAGCAUAGACCGGUGGAUAGCGGUGGUCUUCCCGCUUAGUUACUCCACCAAAAUGCGCUACAAGGACGCGCUGAUCAUGGUGGGCUACUCCUGGCUGCACUCCUUCACCUUCUCCCUGACGGCGCUGCUCUUCUCCUGGGUCGACUACAGCGACGUUUACGCGUCCUGCACCUUGCAGCCGAGCGAGGAGGGCGGCGACAGGAUUAAGUUUACGAUCUUCACUAUCGUUUUCCACGCCACGAGCUUCGUGCUCUCCCUGCUCAUAUUGUGUUUCACGUACUUAAAGGUGUUGAAAGUGGCCAGGUUUCACUGCAAGAGGAUCGACAUUAUCACCAUGCAGACUCUUUUCCUGCUGGUCGACAUUCACCCAAGCGUGAAACAAAGGUGUUUAGCCGAGCAAAAGAGGAGAAAGCAGAGAGCCACGAAGAAGAUCAGCAUCUUCAUCGGCUCGUUUAUUGUCUGCUUUGCUCCUUAUGUCAUCACAAGGUUGGCCGAACUUCUCCCCUUUGUGGACAUCAACCGCCACUGGGGAAUCAUCAGUAAGUGCCUGACAUACAGCAAGGCUGCUUCCGACCCCUUUGCCUACUCCCUCCUACGUCAACAGUACAAGAAAGUCCUGGUUACUGUCGUCAACAGGCUGCUCCGCCGCGACCUGUACCCUUCGUCUGGCCACAACAGCUCUUUAGACACGGAGAACGACUACUGUCUCCAGAGGAUCAGCUAAUGGCAAAUGCACGGACAUGACAGACGCACACUACAGUACCGGCCAAAAAUAAAGGUUGCCUCAUGGAAGUGGGUGGGUGAAGGAGAGAGGAGAGAGGACAGGAUAUUGUUAGGAAGGGGAAAGGAGCAGAAAGAGGGGACAGAUUGUGGGUGGAGGGCAAAGAAAGAGGAACAAUAAGGAAGACAGUGGGUGGAGAGGAAUAAAAAGAUGGUAAUGAGGGGGAGGAUGAACGGGCAAAAAGACGAAGAAGAGAUGGGUGACGGAUAGGCAACGACAGGAACAAUGUGGACAUGCUGGCCUCAGACGGUAUUGGUAAACAGGGGAGGUGUGAUUCAUCAGCAAACCACACAGAUGCACACACACACACACACACGCAUCAAUCAAUUUCAUGGAAUAAGUCAUGGGCUCUGUCUCCGACUGAAAGACCACACUCACACCCUCCUCGCUGCGAGAGACAUGUAAGAAGUGGCCUUUUGUACCGUUCCACACACUUUCUAAUUAUUUUUGGCAAACCCACAUGUUCAGGAUCCGGCCGCGACGCAGAGACACAGGCCGACGGUCGAUUGGCCACGGAGUCUGAAACUGGGGGCGUCGAGCCUUCUUUCGGGAAAAUUACCUUCACAAUAGACUGCACAUUAUUGCCAUGUUCCGUAUUGACCGUGUUAGACUACUUUGCAGUGUCAUGUCAGUCACUGAAUAUUGAUGCACUUUGUCUAAUUCUCUCAAAGCUACUAUAGUCGCAGGAAAGGCCAAAGGCAAUUAACAUUUACACCAGAAUAUUGAGGGAGAGGUCUUUGAUUGUCUGUACUUUUGUUACUGUCAACAAGCUCAAUGAAAAGACAAGAAGGUACGAUGUUUUACAGGCUCUCUAAAUAUAGGAUGUGUUUGGUCAGAAGGUGUUUGUCUUAACCGUAGGCUGCAUAAAUAUGGACGACGUCUUAUGUCUACUUUGCAUCGGCCAAACCGAUGCUAUUUUCUUGGGGAUACGGUCGGCACCGUCUUGCGAAUUUGGAGCCAGAGUCUGAUCGGUGCGGUCCGAGAGUGGAGCCGCGCGGAGUCGCAGUAUCGACGACCUGGCCACACUUCCUCCAGACUCACUUGUGUUUUCGUUUAUUCAGUACUAUGCUCUGCUCUACCUCCACCAGUUACAAAGACAUUUUGGUUAUACACUGAGCUUGUUUUAGUUUUUUUUUUUUUUUUUUUUUUUACAACUCACUGUCAGUUAAAGAACGGUUGGCAAGACUGUUAGCUGUUUAUAUAGCAUCAAAUGACUACUAGAAACAAAAUGUAUCCAAAAUAUUGACACUUGAACAUUCAUCAACAUUAACUACCUAAAAUGACAGUAACCAUCCUUAACGAUUAAUGUUUAAGUGUUUUAGUUCGACCCAUGUCCCAUCCACUAACAUGGAGGAGGUGGAGCUUAUGACCUACACUGCAGCCUCCAGCCACCAGGGGGAGCUCUACUUGCUUCACUUUAGAGGAGCAGUCUGCCAUCCAUAUUUAUAUACAGUCUAUAGUCUUAACCACAUAAAUUGAAGACACAAGUGUAUAUAGUUCUAUUUUCUUUUCUUACGAAGGCUAUUAGGAGCUGUGUUCAAUUCACAUUUGGUGCUCAGGUGAGUAUUUAAGACAGUAAUAUAAGGGAUAUUUGUUUUCUGCUCAAAUAUAUUCCACGCAGCAGUGUCACCCGGUGGGUUUUUAUGAUUAUUUUUAAUAGAAUUUCAGGUGUAAAUGUUCCUUUAUCGAGUUCCACCGUCACUGCCGAGCAUUUUAGUAGUGACGUAUUUCAUUUAAUUAAAUUCCAGCCCUCCUGCAGAUUAAACUAUUGUAUUCCAGGGAGCAGGGAUAAUGGGAAAUUGAGUUCAUUCAAAGACUGAGAUCACGACACCAGAAGUUUGUUUUGACAGUGUUGUUCCUACAGCACUGACACAUCAAGGAUGUGAGUGUGGUAACAUUUGGAUGUCACGAUUCAGAAAUACCUCUGCGUAAAAUUGCAUCGUCCUACAGCCAAUCAGAACAACUUCUGUUCUGUGCUUCUGGACAAAUGCCUUAAUUGCAGUCUGACUUGUGUGACUCCAUCAUCUCAUAAAGCCGGCCCAAACAGAUUGACCAGCCCUGCGUAUCGUGGCACAAUAAAUUCAUAAUAAAUACGUUUUCCCAAGGAAAGAAUACUUAAAAUAAACCUUAAUCCAUCUCAAAAUAUACAUAAAAUGCACAUAUCCCGAUUGCCACUGUUGGUCUUUUCAUUGGUUUUGUUGACAAUAAGAAAAUAUCGCACAUCACCGGGCUCACUCUUCAGAGUGUGAGUUUGUAACUGAAUGUAUACUAGAUACUUCUAAGUGAAAUGCAUUUGUGCAAGUGUGACCGGAGAAGAUGUUUCUAUGGAUAUUUACACAAUGCUGUUCUAUAUUUUGCACUGUACAGGAACUACUACCACUUUUUUUUUUUUUUUUGUCUAGAUCAACGGGCAGCAACGUGAUGUAGCAUAGGAGCGGUUCUAAAAGUGCUUUAAAAACACACCGUUUUGUGUUUGUGCCAGAUUUGAAUAUGUGACUUUUUCAGCCGUUCUCUACUUUAACCAGAAUAGCUGCUUUGUUAUUGAAAAUCGGUUUACUAUUGGAUGUAUUUUACUCACAUGUAUUUUUCCUCCUGUGAGCCACUUGCUGUUCUUUGGCAGUGUGAUUAGCUAUUAGUGGUAUAUGUGCAAUAAAAGCUGUCAA